AUGAUGUCAACUCAGCUAUUCCUCUCAAUUUGUUGGCUGUUGUUUGUAGUUGCCAGAGCACAUCCGAAACAAUGGUACCAUCUGGACUCAAGAUAUGAAGGAACGUUAUUUUUCAGUGGAUGGCAAUUCUUUGUUGAUCCAGAUCCCACCCAUGGUUACGUUACAUAUGUCGACGAAGGAGUUGCGAGGACAAAUCAACUCAUCAAUACAAAUACUUAUGGACCAGCAUACAUAGGAGUCGAUCAUAUUACUCUUUUAGAUCCCGCUGGUUCAGGACGAAAAAGUGUACGUAUAAUGAGUCAGAAAUCAUGGACACAUGGAUUGUUCAUUGCAGAUAUUUUGCACAUGCCUGGUGGAACUUGUGGUACCUGGCCAGCCUUUUGGCUGCUUGGCCCAGAUUGGCCGAAUAACGGGGAAAUUGAUAUCAUCGAAGGCGUCAACCAACAAAGUGACAACAUAAUGACUCUCCAUACCUCGGCAAAUUGCACCAUGCCAAACAAAGAUACCGCACAACUAGGUACGAUGAAUAACAAUCAAUGUGAUGGCACCUUAAACAACUACGCCGGCUGCGGCUCAACAGCUCAAGCCGGAGCGUCCACCUAUGGUAAAUCUUUCAACUCCAAUGGCGGCGGCAUCUACGCUACAGAAUGGACCUCAGAUUUCAUUAAGAUCUGGUUCUUUCCUCGCAAUGCCAUUCCGUUUGAUAUCAAAAGAGGACACCCAGAACCCAGCUCCUGGCCAAAGCCUCAAGCAAUAUUCCAAGGUUCUUCUUCCUGUGAUAUUGACAACCAUUUCGCGAAUCAGAGCUUAGUAUUUGAUACCACCUUUUGUGGAGACUUUGCAGGAGGCGUUUGGGGGAAUGAUGGUGGGAUCUGCAGCCAGGGAGGAAAAUUGACUUGUGAACAAUUUGUGGCGGAAAAUCCAGAUGCUUACAAAGAUGCGUACUGGCUGAUUAACUCCGUCAAGGUUUACCAAUUAGGAAAGUAUUCGAUGGAUCUACGAAUGCCGACAAGCACAAAUACAGAUACACUUAGAGCUUGA